AUGGCGGUGCACAAGGGUUCCGGUCGCAUGUGUAGAGCCAAGGCCAAGACCCUGAGCAGCCCGCCGCGUGUCUACCUCCCAGGCUGGGGCCCGCCACUCCAAGAAGAUGAGGAGCUGCUGCGGGACCAGGAGGCCUACGUACUGUACCACAGCGGGCAGACCGGCUCGCCAUGCCUCAGCUUCGUUGUCCAAGACCAGUUGGGGGAAUCCCGCAGCAACUUCCCGCUGUGCAUGUACCUGUGUGCGGGGACCCAGGCCCCCAGCGCUCAGAGCAACAGGCUGAUGGUGAUGCCGAUGCACAAUCUCCAUGGGACGCAGAAGAGCGAGGCCGAGGAUGACAGCAAGAGCGAAAGCGAAGAAGAGGAAGAAGAAGAGAAGAAGCCCCAGCUGGAGCUGGCCAUGGUCCCCCACUACGGAGCCAUUAACCAUGUCCGGGUUGCAUGGCUCGGGGAGACCCCUGUGGCAGGGGUAUGGUCUGAGAAAGGCCAGAUGGAGGUGUUUUCCCUUCGCAAGUCCCUGGAGGCGGUGGAUGACCCCCAGGUCCUGGCUGCAUUCUUGAGAGAUGAGCAGGCCCAGACCCGGCCCCUGUUUGCCUUUGCUGGCCACAUGGCUGAGGGCUUUGCCUUGGAUUGGUCCUCCCGGGUGCCUGGUCGCCUGCUGACUGGUGACUGUCAAAAAAACAUUCACCUCUGGACACCCACCGAUGGGGGCUCCUGGCAUGUGGACCAGUGGCCAUUUGCCGCUCAUUCCUGCUCCGUGGAGGAUCUGCAGUGGUCGCCAACCGAGGACACGGUGUUUGCAUCAUGCUCAGCUGACGCCUCCAUUCGAAUAUGGGAUAUCCGGGCAGCGCCAAGCUGGGCCUGCAUGCUCACGGCCCCCUCAGCCCAUGACGCGGAUGUCAAUGUCAUCAGCUGGAGUCAUCGGGAGACACCCUUCCUGCUCAGUGGAGGUGAUGACAGCGCCCUCAAAGUCUGGGAUCUCAGGCAGUUCACCAGCGGCUCCCCAGUGGCCACCUUCAAGCAGCAUGUGGCCCCUGUGACCUCCGUGGAGUGGCACCCCCAGGAUGGCGGGGUCUUCGCGGCAGCAGGGGCAGGUGACCAGCUGACCCAGUGGGAUCUGGCGGUGGAGCGGGACACAGAGAUGGGUGGCCCAGAGGAGGGUAAUCCCCUGGUGGCCAAGUUCCCCCAGCAGCUGCUGUUUGUGCACCAAGGAGAGACCGAUAUCAAGGAGCUGCACUGGCACCCUCAGUGCCCAAGCGUAGUCAUCAGCAUGGCCCUGUCUGGCUUCACAGUCUUCCGCACCAUCAGUGUCUAA